GUCGAAUUAUGUCGGUAUUAUCCUAUUCAUUUAUGGUGGUAAUUAGGCAAAAUGUUUAAUCUGUAAGUCAAACCGGUUGUGACUACUGCAACCGUGAUAUUUCAGCUGUAACUGGUCUAUUCAUUUUUUUGUACAUAUGUGGAUUAUUUUUUAAUUUAUAAAUUAAAUCAACGAGAAGGAUAUAUGAGCAUUAUUAUUGGCAUUUAUAAAAGAAAGAGAAAUCAGUAGUUUCAGGCAGAAGAAGAAAGAAAUGAUGAGCCAGGAAGAAGAGAUGGGUAACAGGAAAAAUAAGCAAGAAAAUGAUGAUGAUGAUGAUCAUGAAAACGACAUGGUGAUGCCUGGCUUUAGAUUUCAUCCAACGGAGGACGAGCUUGUAGAGUUCUACCUUCGCCGUAAGGUAGAGGGCAAGAGAUUCAAUGUUGAACUCAUCACUUUUCUUGAUCUUUAUCGUUAUGAUCCUUGGGAACUUCCUGCAUUGGCAGCAAUUGGAGAAAAGGAAUGGUUUUUCUAUGUUCCAAGAGAUAGGAAGUACCGCAAUGGGGAUCGCCCAAACCGUGUGACAACUUCGGGUUAUUGGAAGGCCACUGGAGCUGAUAGAAUGAUCCGAACUGAUAAUUUCCGGUCCAUUGGGUUAAAGAAAACCCUCGUUUUUUAUUCUGGAAAGGCUCCCAAAGGCAUUCGAACAAGUUGGAUCAUGAAUGAGUAUCGGUUGCCUCAACAUGAAACUGAAAGGUUACAGAAGGCCGAGAUUUCACUGUGUAGGGUCUACAAACGAGCUGGAGUAGAAGACCACCCAUGUCUCCCUCGCACCCUCCCAACGACUAGGGCUUCAAUAUUAUCUGCAAGAGCUUCUAAUGUGGAAAAGAAGCAACAUUCAAAGAACUUGUUAAGUUUCCAGUCCUCUUUGGAACAACAAGGCCAAAGUUCAAACCAGCAAAAUGACGAAAAAUUAAGCGAAACGAGUGGUAGUAGCACCACGGACAUCGUUGGAACCGCUCUUGGUCUCUCCAGUCCUAUCAACCCCUCUAACUACAACAGCUUUAUUACUUCAUUUCCGCCCAUCACCACCACACUUCCACCACACGUACAUCAUGUACAUACGGCCUCUUUGGUCUCCCCAACCGCCUCCACGUCCUCCUCCGUAUUCCCAACCACUGUUGAUGAUCUUCACAGAAUUCUAAGCUAUCAACAAGCUUCUGUCAAUAAUCCAUCAUCUCAGGCUUUUCAUAUCCAAAAUUAUCAACAUAAAAUUUCUAAUACUUUUCUUCCACAACCACAACCACAUCAAUUGCCACCACAACCACAAUCACAGCAUCAACUGCAAAUGCAACCGCAUUCACAAGGACUUCUUGCUCUUAAUAACAUGGCAGGAGAGGUUCACGUCACUUUUCCUGAUAGGUUUUGGGAUUGGAAUCCCAUGCCCAGCUGCGAGGGAAGCAAGGAUUAUACCAACUCUUUCAAGUAAUUAUAUAUAUAAUGAGGAACUUAAAUAGUAAGAUUCAUGAGAGACUAUCAUUUUUAAUAUUGGCUUUCAUAUGGCCAUGCUUAGUUGGAGACAAUAUAUAUGUGUAAGCUAAUUGAAUAACAAGUAGCAUGUCGUAGCUGACAUGCUUUAUGCUAAUUCUUAAUAUUUUAAAGACAUGUAUUGCAUAAUAGGGUUUGGAAAUUAUGAAUCUUAUGGCUUGUGUCUUUGUGAUCCAUUUGUACUUUUGCUGGAGCUAAGCUUCCAUCAGCUAGAGACCUUUAUAUGUGUAUGAAUAGGGUAG